GAGGCGUGUGUUUUGUCCUUUCUUUCUUUACUUCAUUCUUUCCUCCCCUGCCUGGCGCCUCUCUCUCUCUCUCUUAUAGGUGCGGGCGGUGCUGCCUGUGGAGGAGGGCGCAGCUGUGUACCACUGUGAGGCGCAGCUGGACGGCAGAACCAUUGUGACUCACUGCUUGGAGAAGAACAAGGCAGAGAAGGUGUACAAGGAGGCUUUGAAAGAGGGGAAGACUGCCCUCAUGACACGAGAAGACCCUGACUCAAGCGACAUUCUCACGCUUAACCUCGGCAACUUUCCUGCGGGAACGAGGGCCAAGGUCACCCUUCGUCUGGUGAUGGAGUUGAGGGUUGAGACAGACGGCAUCAUCAGCUUUGUUUUGCCCACAGUACUCAACCCGCGCUACACCCCUGCUGACCACCCUCGCAGGCAAGAUUGGGACUGGAGGUGGGAGGAUCGAGGGGUGUAUGUGACACAGCCUUACUCCAUGGAGGUGAAGGCACAAGUAUGUGGUAACCACCAGAUAUCUCGGAUCGUCUCCCACACUGACCCACUCAACGUGACCCUGACUGAUGAUGCCAUGUCUGCCCAGGUGAGCCAGGACGGAGGGUUCAGCUGCGACCACGACUGGAGCAUGCUGGUGUACUACAGGAGUGCCUACCGGCCCCACCUGUUGCGGGAGACCGGUGAACGCUCUGCCACUGGGAUCAUGAAGGAUGACCUGCUCAUGCUGAACCUCUUCCCAGAGGUGCCCAUCAACACCUACUCCAGCAAGAAUGAGAUUAUCUUUGUCAUCGACCGCUAAGGUGAGGUGGAGGCA